AUGCCAAAGCCUCUACAGCACGAAGAUAGAAUCCAAUUAGCACUCGAGGCCUUACGUUCAGGCCAAAUCAAAAUCAUUCGCAACGCUGCGGAUGCGUUUGGUGUACCGAAGUCCACUCUCCACAGACGCGUCAAGGGGGGCGGUACGCGUCAAGAAGCUCAAGUCAAGAACCGAAAGCUACGCCCAACUGAAGAAGCAGCCUUGAUUCAAUGGGAUCGAGUCAUUGGGACGACCGUGGGAUGUCGCCGACGAUCGGUUAUAUCCGACAGAUGGCUGACCUUCUUCUCCGCGAGCGUGGAAGGCUUCACUCUACUCGACGCGUCUCAACUUACAUCCACCCCGGUCCCGGCAAUGACUGUCGGUGAGAACUGGGUCCAGCGGCUUCUUCAUCGGCAUCCCCAUCUGGAGACGAAGUAUUCUAGAAAGUACGACUAUCAACGGGCCUUAUGCGAGGAUCCAGAGAAGAUUUCAGCGUGGUUUGCACGAGUGCAAAGGACCAUCAACGAAUACGGUGUUCUUGACAGCGACAUCUACAACUUUGACGAGACUGGUUUCCAGAUGGGUGUUGCAAGCACGUCUAAAGUGGUCACUCGAUCUGACCGACGGAAUCGACCUGUUGUUAUCCAGCCGGGAAAUCGAGAGUGGACAACUGUCAUCGAGUGCAUUAACGCAUCCGGCUGGAGUGUUGACCCGAUGAUUAUCUUUGAAGGAAAAGUCCACAUUUCGUCGUGGUACGACGGCUCAGUGCUGCCAAAGACAUGGCGGAUUGGAGUCAGCGAUAACGGCUGGACAACCGAUGAGCUUACCUUCGAGUGGCUUCGAGAAGUCUUCGAGCCACAAACUCGAAAACGGACUGUUGGUCGAUAUCGGCUUCUCAUUCUCGAUGGUCAUGGAAGCCAUUCGACGCCUGCAUUCGACAAAUUCUGUACUGAGCAUCGGAUCCUUACAGAGUGUAUGCCUCCGCACUCGUCGCACUACCUCCAGCCCCUUGACGUUAGCUGUUUCGCUGUGCUUAAGCGGACGUACGGCGACCUUGUCAAAGCGAAGAUAGCACUCGGGGUUCAUCACAUUGACAAACCGCGAUUCCUCGAACUGUUUCUCGAAGCUCGGAAAAAGACAUUCAAUACAAAGAACAUCGCAAGCGGCUUUAGAGCUGCAGGGCUCUUGCCUUUCGAUCCAACUCAGGUUCUUUGUCGGCUACAAACCAGGAUACGGACACCGAGUCCCCCUCCUACCCCUAUCCAACCGCCAAGUCUGCCUCUCAAAACGCCCGCAAACAUCGUCGAACUUGACUCUCUCCAGAGGAAACACCAGAGAGAGAUAAUCCCAACAGAUCAGGCGCUUCAGAAAAUCAUCAAGGGCUGCCAGAUGGCGAUGCACAAUGCUACUCUUUUGCAGGAAGAGAACUCGCGACUUCGAGCUGAAAAUGGUCGACAAAAGAGAAAGCGGGCACGCCGAGCUUUCAUUCAAACAGGAGGGACUAUGACGAUUGGAGAAGGGAUGACACACAUCGAGGCCUCCCAGAAUGCUCGUCAGAAGGGUCAAGGAAGCCAGGAAGCUCGUCGAGAGGUCGAAGAAGGAGAGGUGGGGCCAUCGGACACGACUGCGCCAAAGGCACGAAAGCGUGCGCAGCCGAAGUGCAGUUGGAUCCCUGAUCUCAUGAAGCCCCGUACAUCCUCCUUUUCUGGCUUAUCUCCUUACAAUUUUGCCCCUCUCUGCUGCGGAUGCUCGUUGGUAUGUGUUGAGCUUGGCCAUGCCUAUUCUAAGCUGAGCAAGCACGCCGGCCUCGCUUCGGGACAGGUGGUCGUAAGGACGUGGGCGGUGCCCGCUUUGCACCAUGCGAUACGGAGGGCUGUUGACCGCAUGGCAGGAUCGCUGCGUUUGCGGCUACGUUUGCAGAGUUCUCGGUAUACCUACCAUGCCAUGAAUCGUAACCCAGCGCCCACUUUUGCAUGCAAGGAUACCCGUGUAAAGAAGGAGUGGCCCGGGGACAGCCGCAGAGCUGCGGACGCGUUGAUCUGCGACUACAUGGACGAGUCGGACAUCAAGAUGAUUACGGCCGUCUACGAGAACAUUGUUGCGGCGGUGAAGGGCGAGACGACUAUCCUGGAGUACAAGAUCAGAGAUGAUCUGCUUAACAAACAUUACAAGUACUGCCUGGACGCCGAGGCGGCCAACAGAUGCUUGGCUGCCAUGGCGCAGCAGACCACAGACCGUUAUCCUCACGCCCGAAUCUCGAAAUCGACGCCGGGUACCAGUAGCGCAACCAUAAAACGAGUGCUUGAGGCCAUCUCAGAUAGAAUAUCGUCCCCCGCGGGUAUCUCCUAUUGCUGGAGCUCACAAACCCGGUGGCUGUGGAGCAGCAUGAUCUUCGGUGCUGCACCGGAAUGGUGGUUGGGUGUAGAUAAUGCUAGGGAACUGGCUCCUAUCGCAUCGCCUUCGCCGCGGCACUCGGCAUUGCGAAAAGCCGGUUUUGCGGGAGUCGAUGCUAUCACCGCUGGGUCGACGGCGUGGCUUCGCCGACCUCGAUUCUGGCGUCUCAGGCACCUCGAUGGCCGCGCGCGGUUCCUGAGACGCCUGCUCGCCGCACCCGCUUCAUCGCAACCAUUGCCCCCCCCCCCCCCCAUUGUCGAGAGCCUUGUCUUUGCCGGGUUUGCGGAUGACACCAACCUUCUAGUAUUUGGUCGAAACCCCGAAGCCAAUGUCCGGCAACUAGAGGCGGCGUGGGAAACGUGGGAGGCACCAGCCCCGUUAAACCAGAAGGGUCUGCCAGGUUCCUGGGAGUCUGGUUGGACUGGAAACUCAACUGGGAAGGCCCACCUGGUGGCGGUGGAGAAGAAGCUGAGGACUCCAGAGCUAUGCCCUGUCGAGGAUCGUGGCAAAGACAUGGGGGAUGGGGCUAGCCAAAGCGCGAGAAGUGUACACAAAGUGCAUCCGGUCGGCGCUGGCCUAUGGCGCAUCAUCGUUUCACAUCCCCACGGAUGUGGGGAAGGCGAGCCGGCAAAGAAAGGCAUCACUAAGGCCCUCGGGAAGGCCCAGAACAAGAGCUUGCGGAUUGUGGCGGAUUUCGAAAACCGACUCCAACGACCCGAUCUGGACGACGGUCGAGGCGGCAAGAAGACGGCGGCGAGCGUUGUCCUCACCGCCUGCCGCAAGAUUCAGCAGAGACUCAGCUCGAGGAGGGGCAACAGGGGCCGACCGCGAACCUUGGGACCUCAAGGGCCUACGGCGGUGGAGAGAGCCGCGGGCACGGAGACGCUAUUCCGGAACGAAACCCUAAGGAGGCACGACGGUCUCAGCAAGGCGAAGAGCUCACUGCUGAUUCAAAUCCGGACGGGAGCAAUAGGCUUACGGGACUUUUUGUUUACACGGGGAGUCCCGGAGGUUCUGACUCCUGCCUGCGAGUGUGGCGAGGGACGAGAGACUGCCGAACACCUGGUAGUGUGGUGUUUGGCCCCACCGUUGACUAGAAGAUGGGAGAGAACUGGAAUUCGGACACGACGGGACUUUUACUCUGUUCUACACGGCAUCAAUCCCACGACUGCACGGCUCGCGAGGAGAGUUCUCGACUGGGCUGAUGGACUCGGGGAAGCUGCCGAUGUACAACUUAGCCAGGAGGCUCGAGCUGGAAGCGGCGGCCUGAAGCGCCCCCGUUCGGAGGCCAGGAGGCCUCCUCUCUUUGUAUAUGUGGGCUCACUAAAACGCAUCGCUCCUUGA